UACACCUUGUUGCAGGGAAGUGGAAGGAACUUCUUCAUAGCCCCUUACGCUGCCUGUGAUGUCAGGAUACUGAAUCAAAGCUAUGUUUUGGAAAUAUGGUAUCUGACAACUGGUGGCAAAAAAGGGUAUAUGGUAUUGAAAUGCCCCACCAGUGCUGGAGAACCCACAAAAACCCCAACUACAACCAGGACCACCGGAAGCACUACAAAGACAACUAUGACCACCAGUGGUGGGAAGCCAACUGUGGUCUGCACUGCCUCUAGUAUGGUGGUGGAGCUGUCCAAGGAACCUCUGGUACUAGUAGAGCUUCUAGCUGAAUCCAGCAAGUGGGUAGCUGUCCUUGAUGCUCCUGAGAAUUGCAACUACACCUUGAUUCAGAGCAGAGAAAGGAACCUCUUCAAAACCCCCUACACGGCGUGUGAUGUCAAGAUUCUGAAUGAGAACUACUACUUGGCUUUGCGCUAUACAACAGUUGAUGGAGAAGUAGGGUAUGUGCAGAUGAAAUGCCCGACUAGUGCAGGAGAACCAACAAAAGCACCUGCAACUACAACCACAAAAUCAACAAGGACCCCUCCCACACCAGAUGUGGUGUGCAACUCCUCUGGCAUGAUGGUGGUGCUGCCCAUGGAACCUUUGGACCUAGUGGAGCUUCUAGAUUAUUCCAACAAAUGGAUAGUUGUCGUCAAGGCUCCAGUGUACUGCAACUACACCUUGCUGCAGGGAAGUGGAAGGACCCUUUUCAUAACCCCCUACGAAGCCUGUGAUGUCCGGAUAGUGAAUGAGCACUACAUCCUGACCCUCCGCUACACAACUUCUGGACAACAAGCUUAUGUUCAGAUGCAAUGCCCAACCGGUGCUGUAGUGCCCACAAAACCCCCUCCCUCUACAACCACUCCACGAAAACCAACAAUACCCACUGCCUGCAGAGCCUCAGUCAUGACAAUAGAGCUGCCUGAAGGACCAAUUGAACAAGUAGCUGUGAUGGGUAAGGUUGUGCCUUGUCCCAGAUAA